AUGAAUAUCCUGAACAUCUUCCUGCCUUGCUGUCUCGGCUCCAGCAACCAUGAAGUCUCCAACAAUAUCGCUGAUCCUGGCGCCGAGAAGUUCACCACAUACACCGACGUUCCCUCUGUUGCCGAAGUUCGUUCCGCAGUCGAGAUGACCAGCAACAAGCUUCUACACUUCAUCACCACGACCGAUUCAUUCAACACACCCGCUUGCAAUGUACAGAUCCAAGACAUCAUCAAGUUCGACCAACCCAUCACUGUCCAAUCAUCCUGGUGGAUCCAAGCAGUCCUCAAGAAACUCUACAAAGCCAUGAUGGAGCUCGUCCUCAAAGUCGAGGAUCACAGUCAGGAUCUCAGUCAUGCGAUGCACAAGCUCUUGAUUGAAGCCGACACCCUCGCCCAAGAGUUCGUGAAGCUCACGACUGAUCACCCUUACAUCACCUUCUUCGUCGAGACUGUUGCGUUAGCUCUCUUGAUUCAACUGUUGACCCCUGUCUUGCUUGAGGCCCUUGGCUUUGGCGCCGAAGGUGUGAUCACUAAUAGACNNAGUCUCGCCGCUAGAUUCCAGUCUCUGUAUCCUAAUGUUCCCUAUGGCUCACUGUUCUCAAAGCUGCAGAGUUUCGCUGCCAGAUAUGGAAAGAGAUUGAUCAAGCACUGA